ACAAGGCCAAAAGCGCCAUGGAGUCCUCUACCCUCAGUGGUGCACCUCGCUUUCUGACGCGGCCCAAGGCCUUCGUGGUGUCGGUAGGCAAAGACGCCACUCUGAGCUGCCAGAUCACAGGCAACCCCACGCCGCAGGUGAGCUGGGAGAAGGACCAGCAGCCGGUGGAGCCGAGCGUGCGCUUCCGUCUGGCCCAGGACGGCGACCUGUACCGCCUCACCAUCCUGGACCUGGCUCUGGGUGACAGCGGGCAGUACGUGUGCCGCGCGCGCAACGCCAUUGGCGAGGCCUUUGCGGCCGUAGGCUUGCAAGUGGACGAUGAGGCUGCGCGUGCUGAGCAGGCGCCCCACUUCCUGCUGCGCCCAACAUCCAUCCGUGUGCGCGAGGGCGCUGAUGCCACCUUUCGCUGCCGCGUUCGUGGCUCCCCGCAGCCAGCUGUGAGCUGGUCUAAGGACGGGAGGCGCCUGGGCACUCCUAAUGCCCCGCGAGUGUGCGUGGAGGAGCAGGGUGAGGAGAGCUCGCUGUGCAUUCGUGCUGCGCGGCCUCGAGAUGGUGGCACCUACGAGGUGCGUGCUGAGAAUCCCCUGGGCGCUGCAAGCGCAGCGGCAGCGCUGGUGGUGGACUCCGAGGCCGAUGUGCCUAGCCCGCCUGGAGCCUCCACUGCCACGCUACUGGCUCACCUGCAGCAGCGCCGCGAGGCCAUGCGCGCAGAGGACGCCCGCACUGCACCACUGGUCACAGGCAUGCGCACCUGCACAGUGACUGAGGGCAAACACGCACGCCUCAGCUGCUAUGUGACGGGCGAGCCCAAGCCCGAGACGCUGUGGAAAAAGGACGGGCAGCCUGUUACCGAGGGCCGGCGCCACGCAGUGUAUGAAGAUGCACAGGAGAAUUUCGUGCUCAAGAUACUGUUCUGUAGGCCUGAGGACUGCGGCCUGUACACUUGUGCAGCAUCCAACCUGGUGGGCCAGACCUACAGCUCCGUACUGCUGGUCGUUCGAGAGCCCACCGUGCCCUUCCGGAAACGACUUCAGGACCUGGAGGUACGCGAGAAGGAGUCAGCCACAUUCCGAUGUGAGGUGCCACAGCCAGCCACUGAGGCUGCGUGGUUCAAGGAAGAGACACGGCUGUGGGCUGGAGCCAAGUAUGCCAUUGAAGCAGAGGGUGCAGAGCGGCGGCUGACCGUGCACAAUGCCUCAGCGGAUGAUGAUGCUGUGUACAUUUGCGAGACUGCGGAGGGCAGCCGCACCGUGGCCGAGCUUGCAGUCCGAGGCAACCUGACUCGAAAGCUUCCUCGGAAGACGGCGGUGCGCGUGGGGGACACAGCCAUUUUCUGUGUGGAGCUGGCUGGCCCAGAGGGCUCUGUCCGCUGGCUGUGGAACCAGGAGGAGGUUGUGGCCGGAGGCCGUGUGAGCAUCAGCAAUGAGGGCACCAGCCACACGCUGACCAUCUCCCAGUGUGGUCUGAGUGAUGCAGGGGAGGUAGCCUUUGUGGCCAACAGCUGCCGCACAUCCACACAGUUCUGUGUGUCAGCACCCAGGAGACCACCCUUGCAUCCCCCUGGAGACCCUGCUGUGCUGGCCAGGACCAAGAGUUCUGUGACCUUGAGCUGGUCCCCGCCACCCCAUGGGGACCGCGCCGUCCCCAUUGAUGGUUACCUGGUGGAGAAGAGAAGGCUUGGCACCUAUGCUUGGAGCCGUUGUCAUGAGGCAGAGUGGGUAGCCACACUGCCACUGACUGUGACUGGCGUGGCUGAGGAGGGCGACUUCCAGUUCCGGGUGUCAGCUAUCAACAGCUUUGGUCAGAGUCCCUAUCUCGAAUUUCCAGGGACGGUACACCUUGCUCCCCAGUUGGCCGUGAGGAUACCUCUACAGGCGGUGGAGGCAGUGGAGGGUGGCGAGGUCACCUUUUCUCUGGAACUCACAGUAGCUUCGGCGGGUCAGUGGUUCCUAGAUGGGGAGGCCCUGAAGGCCAGCAGGACGUGCCAGAUGCUGAGCAGUGGCCUCCGGCACGUGCUCACCCUCCAAGAGGUCCCCGCCAGCCUGCAUGGGUCUCAGCUUAAGUUUGUGGCUGAUGGUGUUGAAAGUAGCAUCUACCUGGAGGUCCGAGCAGCCCCAGAGCGGACUCCCCAUAAACCUGGAGCUGUAGCUGCCCGGGAGGUGCUGGCCCGGCUGCAUGAGGAGGCCCAGCUGCUGGCUGAGUUAUCUGACCAGGCUGCGACUGUGACAUGGCUGAAAGAUGGCCGUGAACUGGCCCCAGGUCCCAAAUAUGAGGUGCAGACCUCAGACAAGCGGCGACUGCUGCUGGUGCGUGAUGUGACACGGGACGAUGCUGGCCUAUAUGAAUGUGUCAGCCAUGGGAUUCGCCUCGCCUACCAGCUGUCUGUGCAAGGUCUGACAACUUUUCUGCACAAGGACUCAACAGGUGGCUGUGUGGAUGCCAUGGCUGGGGGUCAUGCCCAGUUUGAGUGUGAGACCUCAGAAGCCCAUGUGCCUGUGCGCUGGUACAAGGAUGGCUCAGAGCUGGGGAACUCUGGCCAGCGGUUCUCGCAGGAGGAUGAAGGCAGGCGGCACCGGCUGGUGGUGGCAUUGGUAUCCAGGCAGGAUGAGGGCACUUACUCCUGCCGUGUAGGUGGGGACGCUGUGGACUUCCAGCUCCGUGUUUCAGAAUCUCAAAAUGCAUUUGCAAAGGAGCAGGCGGCGCACAGCGAGGUGAAGACCGAGGCGGGGGCCAGCGCCACACUGAGCUGCGAGGUGGCCCAGGCGCAGACGCAGGUGGCGUGGUGCAAGGAUGGGAAGAAGCUGAGCUCGAGCUCUAGGGUGCGCGUGGAGGCCGCGGGCUGCACGCGGCGACUGGUGGUGCAGCAGGCGGGCACGGCGGACGCCGGGGAGUACAGCUGCGAGGCCGGGGGCCAGAGGGUCUCCUUCCGCCUGGACGUGGCAGAGCCCAAGGUGGUGUUUGCCAAGGAGCAGGCGGCGCACAGCGAGGUGAAGACCGAGGCGGGGGCCAGCGCCACACUGAGCUGCGAGGUGGCCCAGGCGCAGACGCAGGUGGCGUGGUGCAAGGAUGGGAAGAAGCUGAGCUCGAGCUCUAGGGUGCGCGUGGAGGCCGCGGGCUGCACGCGGCGACUGGUGGUGCAGCAGGCGGGCACGGCGGACGCCGGGGAGUACAGCUGCGAGGCCGGGGGCCAGAGGGUCUCCUUCCGCCUGGACGUGGCAGAGCCCAAGGUGGUGUUUGCCAAGGAGCAGGCGGCGCACAGCGAGGUGAAGACCGAGGCGGGGGCCAGCGCCACACUGAGCUGCGAGGUGGCCCAGGCGCAGACGCAGGUGGCGUGGUGCAAGGAUGGGAAGAAGCUGAGCUCGAGCUCUAGGGUGCGCGUGGAGGCCGCGGGCUGCACGCGGCGACUGGUGGUGCAGCAGGCGGGCACGGCGGACGCCGGGGAGUACAGCUGCGAGGCCGGGGGCCAGAGGGUCUCCUUCCGCCUGGACGUGGCAGAGCCCAAGGUGGUGUUUGCCAAGGAGCAGGCGGCGCACAGCGAGGUGAAGACCGAGGCGGGGGCCAGCGCCACACUGAGCUGCGAGGUGGCCCAGGCGCAGACGCAGGUGGCGUGGUGCAAGGAUGGGAAGAAGCUGAGCUCGAGCUCUAGGGUGCGCGUGGAGGCCGCGGGCUGCACGCGGCGACUGGUGGUGCAGCAGGCGGGCACGGCGGACGCCGGGGAGUACAGCUGCGAGGCCGGGGGCCAGAGGGUCUCCUUCCGCCUGGACGUGGCAGAGCCCAAGGUGGUGUUUGCCAAGGAGCAGGCGGCGCACAGCGAGGUGAAGACCGAGGCGGGGGCCAGCGCCACACUGAGCUGCGAGGUGGCCCAGGCGCAGACGCAGGUGGCGUGGUGCAAGGAUGGGAAGAAGCUGAGCUCGAGCUCUAGGGUGCGCGUGGAGGCCGCGGGCUGCACGCGGCGACUGGUGGUGCAGCAGGCGGGCACGGCGGACGCCGGGGAGUACAGCUGCGAGGCCGGGGGCCAGAGGGUCUCCUUCCGCCUGGACGUGGCAGAGCCCAAGGUGGUGUUUGCCAAGGAGCAGGCGGCGCACAGCGAGGUGAAGACCGAGGCGGGGGCCAGCGCCACACUGAGCUGCGAGGUGGCCCAGGCGCAGACGCAGGUGGCGUGGUGCAAGGAUGGGAAGAAGCUGAGCUCGAGCUCUAGGGUGCGCGUGGAGGCCGCGGGCUGCACGCGGCGACUGGUGGUGCAGCAGGCGGGCACGGCGGACGCCGGGGAGUACAGCUGCGAGGCCGGGGGCCAGAGGGUCUCCUUCCGCCUGGACGUGGCAGCAGAGCCCAAGGUGGUGUUUGCCAAGGAGCAGGCGGCGCACAGCGAGGUGAAGACCGAGGCGGGGGCCAGCGCCACACUGAGCUGCGAGGUGGCCCAGGCGCAGACGCAGGUGGCGUGGUGCAAGGAUGGGAAGAAGCUGAGCUCGAGCUCUAGGGUGCGCGUGGAGGCCGCGGGCUGCACGCGGCGACUGGUGGUGCAGCAGGCGGGCACGGCGGACGCCGGGGAGUACAGCUGCGAGGCCGGGGGCCAGAGGGUCUCCUUCCGCCUGGACGUGGCAGAGCCCAAGGUGGUGUUUGCCAAGGAGCAGGCGGCGCACAGCGAGGUGAAGACCGAGGCGGGGGCCAGCGCCACACUGAGCUGCGAGGUGGCCCAGGCGCAGACGCAGGUGGCGUGGUGCAAGGAUGGGAAGAAGCUGAGCUCGAGCUCUAGGGUGCGCGUGGAGGCCGCGGGCUGCACGCGGCGACUGGUGGUGCAGCAGGCGGGCACGGCGGACGCCGGGGAGUACAGCUGCGAGGCCGGGGGCCAGAGGGUCUCCUUCCGCCUGGACGUGGCAGAUACAGAGUCUGAAGUUCCUGGAGCUCCUGGGAGCCGGGGUCACAGGGAACCUGUUGUGGUCAGAGAGCACGAGGACAUCAUCCUGACAGCCACGCUGGCCACUCCAUCUGCGGCCAUGGUGGCCUGGCUCAAGGAUGGCGUGGAGAUUCGCCGCAGCCAGCGGCACACUAUGGCCAGCCUAGGGGACACCCACUCCCUGACUGUGCGAGGUGCCCAGGUGCUGGAUAGUGCGGUCUACAGCUGUCGCGUUGGUGCCACAGGCCAGGACUUUGUCGUGCAGGUGCAAGAGGUGGCUGCCACGUUCCUCCGACCACUGGUGCCCAUGAGCGGUGAGCUGGGCGGCUCUGUGACACUGGCCUGUGAGCUGAGUGUCCCGCAGGCCCAGGUAGUAUGGCGUUGCGGGGAUAUGCAGCUGCGGCCUGGUAGGCGCUUCCAGAUGGAGGCUGUGGGGCUCCUGCGCACCCUCACCGUGUCGGGCCUGCGCCCUGAGGACGCGGGCGAGUAUGUGUGUGAGACCCGUGACGACCGCACUAGAGCGAGCUUGUCAGUUUGCGUGCCACGUGUGGUCAAGUUUACAUCCCAGCUGAGCGCAGCAGUCGCUGAGGAGGGCAGUGAGGCCACCUUCCAGUGUGUGGUGUCCCCAGAGGAUGCAGCCGUCACCUGGUACCACAACGGCACCGCACUGCAGCCAGGCGAGAAGGUGGUCAUCUCGCGGAGUGGCGCAGUGCACAGCCUGACCAUCUCUGGCCUGACCCUUGGGGAUGCGGGCCAGAUCUCCGCAGAGGCAGAGGGCAUCUCUACCGCUGCCAGUCUGAGAGUCCGAGAGGCUCCAGUACUGUUCAGAAAGAAGCUGGCAGCACAGACAGUAGAGGAGCGGACUCCAGUGACGCUGGAGGUGGAGCUGUCACGGCCAUGGCCGCAAGUGAAGUGGACUCGGAACGCAGUGGUCCUGGUGCCUGGCGAGAAUGUGGAGAUCCUAGCCGAGGGUGUGCACCACCGCCUGCGGCUGCACUGUGUGAGCUAUGAGGACCGUGGCUUCUAUGGCUGUGAGACGCAGGACGACAAGACCCAGGCCAAACUCAGCGUGGAGAUGCGCCAGGUGCGGCUGGUCUGUGGCUUGCAGGCAGUGGAGGUUCUGGAGCAGGGCUCAGUCACCUUCCAGGUGGAGUUGUCCCACGCUGAUGUGGAGGGCAGCUGGACACGGGACGGCCUGCGGCUGCAGCCAGGACCCACCUGCCAGAUCGUGGUGCAUGGCCCCACCCACACCCUGACACUGUUGGAGCUGCGGCCACAGGAUGGGGGCCUGGUGGCCUUCAGGGCUGAGGGUGUGCACACCUCGGCUCGGCUCGUUGUCACUGAGCUGCCUGUGCACUUCAGCCGCCCGCUGCAGGAUGUUGUGGCUGCUGAGAAGGACAAGGUCACACUGGAAUGCGAGUUGUCACGACCCAAUGUCACUGUGCACUGGCUGAAGGAUGGCGUGGAGUUGCGAGCAGGAAAGGCUGUGGGCAUUGUGGCCCAAGGUACCUGCAGGAGCCUCACUGUGUACUCCUGUGAGCGUGGGGACCAGGGUGUGUACGUGUGUGAUGCCGGGGAUGCCCAGACCUCCGCCUCUCUGAAGGUGCAAGGGAGGACCCAUACCCUCAUCUUUCGGAAGGUUGUGGCAGAAGAUGUAGGACAGAUCAGAUUUGUAGCCGAAAGUGCAGAGUCUCGUGCCCAGCUCCGAGUGAAAGAACUGCCAGUGACUCUGGUGCGCCCGCUGCGGGACAAGAUUGCUAUGGAGCGGCACCGUGGUGUGCUUGAGUGCCAGCUGUCUCGGGCCAGUGCGCAGGUGCGGUGGUUUAAGGGGCAUGAGGAACUGCAGCCAGGCGCCAAGUAUGACAUGGUCAGUGAUGGUGUGUACCGCAAGCUGGUCAUCAGGGAUGUGCAGCCAGAGGACGAAGACACCUACACUUGUGAUGCUGGUGACGUGCAGACCAGUGCCCAGUUCUUUGUGGAAGAGCAGUCCAUUAGCAUCGUGCGGGGCCUGCAGGACGUGACUGUGAUGGAACCGGCCCCCGCCUGGUUUGAGUGUGAGAUCUCCAUCCCUUCGGUGCGGCCACCCAAGUGGCUUUUGGGCCAGACAGUGCUGCAGGCAGGCCCAAACGUGGGCCUGGAGCAGGAAGGCACCGUGCACCGGCUGACUCUGCAUCGCACCUGCUCCACCAUGACUGGGCCUGUGCACUUCACUCUUGGCAAGGCCCGCUGCUCUGCACACCUUGUGGUCUUGGACAUCCCAGUAGUGCUUGUGCGGCCACUGGAGCCCAAGGUGGGACGGGAGCUGCAGUCUGUGGUUCUGUCAUGUGACUUCAGGCCGGCCCCCAAGGCCGUGCAGUGGUACAAGGAGGACGCACCCCUCACUCCAUCUGACAAGUUCAAGAUGAGGCUAGAGGGCCAGAUGGCUGAGCUGCGUGUCCUGCGGCUCACGCCUGCUGAUGCCGGUGUAUACCGAUGCCAGGCGGGCAGUGCCCAGAGCAGUGCUGUAGUCACUGUAGAAGCACGAGAGGUGACGGUGACACAGCCGCUGCAGGACACAGUGGCCACAGAGGAGGGCCGGGCCUGCUUCUUGCUGGAGUUGUCGCACGAGGAUGAGGAGGUUGAGUGGUCACUCAACGGGGUGACUCUGUGCAGCGAUAGUUUCCAUGAGGUCAGCCAUGAGGGCCGCCGACACAUGUUGGUGUUGAAGAGCGUGCGUCAGGCCAAUGCAGGCACUGUGUGUGCCUUCUCCCCCAGGGUGUCAGCCUUCGCUCGCCUGGAGGUCAGAGCAAAGCCAGUGGUGUUCCUGCGUGCGUUGGACGAUGUAUCGGCAGAAGAGCACGGCACGUUGACCCUGCAAUGCGAGGUGUCCAGCCCUGAGGCCUGCGUUGUGUGGAGCAAAGAUGGCGUGGAGCUAGGCCCCAGUGACAAGCGUGACUUCCUGCAGACGGCUGGCACAAGGGGGCUGGUGUUGCAUGACCUGAGCUGCGAGGAUGCUGGCGUGUAUGCCUGCCGUGUGGGCACUGAGGAGACCCGGGCCCAUGUCAGUGUACAUGACCUCCUCGUGGGCAUCACCAAAAGGCUGAAGACGACAGAGGUGCUGGCUGGGGAGAGUUGCAGCUUCGAGUGCAUUCUGUCCCACGAGAGUCCCAAGGAGCGAGCCAAGUGGACAAUCGGCGGGAAGACAGUGGGCAGCUCUGGCCGCUUCCAGGCUGCCUGCCAGGGCCGCAAAUAUACCCUAGUGGUCAAGGAGGCCACCCCCAGUGACGCCGGAGAGGUGGUUUUCUCUGUACGGGGCCUCACCUCUAAGGCCUCGCUCAUCGUCAGAGAGCGGCCCGUGGACUUCAUGAAGGCCUUAGAGGACCACCAUGCUGUGCCAGGGGAGGACGUGGUGCUGAGCUGUGAGCUGUCACGUGCAGGUGCUUCGGUGCGCUGGCUGAAGGACGGGAAAGCUGUCCGCCAGAGCCAGAAGUACAAUGUACUCCGUGAGGGUGCCAGGGCCAUGCUGGUCAUCCGGGGGGCCUCAGCUCAGGACUCUGGCACCUACACGUGUGAGGCUGAGGCUUCUCGGACGUCGGCUAGCCUUCGUGUGGAAGAGAAGGGAAACAGAUUCACGGAGGAGCUUGCUGACCUGCAAGCAGAGGAGCAGGGCACAGCUAUGUUCACGUGUAAGACAGAGAGGCCAGCCACCCGGGUGACCUGGCGCAAGGGCCUGAUGGAGCUGCGGGCCUCGGGCAAGCACACACCCAGCCAGGAGGGCCUCACUCUGACCCUCACCAUCAACUCCCUGGAAAAGGCUGACAGCGACACCUACAUCUGUGACAUUGGUCAGGCCCGGACGCAGGCACGGCUCAUGGUACAAGGCCAGAAGGUGCUCAUCACCGAAGACCUGGAGGACGCUGAAGUGCAGGAGGGCUCCUCGGCUACCUUCUCUUGUCGUAUCUCCCCUGCUGACUACGAGCCUGUGCGCUGGUUCCUGGACAAGACGCCCCUGCAUGCCAAUGAGCUCAAUGAGAUAGAGGUCCAGCCUGGGGGCUACCAUGUGCUCACCCUGCGGCAGCUGGCACUCAAGGACUCGGGCACUGUCUACUUUGAGGCAGGAGACCAGCGGACCUCAGCUGCCCUACGGGUCACUGAGAAGCCAAGCAUCUUCUCCCGGGAGCUCAUAGAUGCUACAGUCACAGAGGGUGAGGACCUGACUCUGUGCUGUGAGACCACGACACCGGUUAGCCCUGUGCGCUGGACCAAGGAUGGGAAGACCUUGCGGCCAUCGGCAAGGUGCCAGCUGAACUAUGAAGGCCGCCGGGCCCAGCUGACCAUUGUGGACACUACCCUGCAGGAUGGCGGGCGCUACAAGUGUGAGGCAGGGGGUGCCUCCAGCAGCUCCAUCGUCAGGAUCCAUGCCCGGCCUGUGCAGUUCCAGGAGGUGCUGAAGGAUCUGGAGGUGCUGGAGGGUGGUGCUGCUACACUGCGCUGCACGUUGUCAGCGGUGGCUGCGCCUGUGCAGUGGCGCCGUGGAGAUGAUGUCCUGAGGCCCUGCAGCAAAUAUGGUCUGCGCCAGGAGGGUACUGUGUUGGAGCUGGUGGUGCGGGACCUGCAGCCACAGGACAGUGGGCAGUUUUCCUGCUCUGUCAGAGAUCAAGUUACCUCAGCUACCCUCACUGUGAAGGCCCUGCCUGCCCAGUUUGUAGGAAAACUGAGAAACAGGACGGCCACGGAGAGCGCCACGGCCACGCUACGUUGUGAGCUGAGCAAGGUGGCCCCUGUGGAAUGGAGGAAGGGGUCAGAGACACUCAGAGAUGGGAACAGACACAGCCUGAGGCAGGAGGGGACCCUGUGUGAGCUGCACAUCUGUGACCUGGCCUUGGAGGAUGCUGGAGAGUACAUGUGUGUGUGUGGGCAGGAGAGGACCUCGGCCACGCUGAGUGUCACGGCCCUGCCUGCCCAUUUCAUAGGAAGUCUGAGAAGUAAGGAGGCCACGGAAGGGGCCACGGCCAUGCUGCGUUGUGAACUGAGCAAGGCAGCCCCUGUGAAAUGGAGGAAGGGGUCAGAGACCAUCAAAGACGGGGCCAGACACAGCCUGAGGCAGGAGGGGACUGUGUGUGAGCUGCACAUCUGUGACCUGGCCUUGGAGGAUGCUGGAGAGUACACGUGUGUGUGUGGGCAGGAGAGGACCUCGGCCAUGCUCAGUGUCACAGCACUGCCUGCCAAGUUCACAAAGGGUCUGAGGAAUGAAAAGGCCACAGAAGGGGCCAUGGCCACGCUACAUUGUGAGCUGAGCAAGGUGGCCCCAGUGGAAUGGAGGAAGGGGUCAGAGACACUCAGAGAUGGGAACAGACACAGCCUGAGGCAGGAGGGGACCGUGUGUGAGCUGCACAUCCGUGACCUGGCCUUGGAGGAUGCUGGAGAGUACAUGUGUGUGUGUGGGCAGGAGAGGACCUCGGCCACACUCAGCAUCAGGGCCCUGCCCACCAAGUUCAUGAAGGGUCUGAAGAAUGAAGAGGCCACAGAAGGGGCCAUGGCCAUGCUGCGUUGUGAGCUGAGCAAGGUGGCCCCAGUGGAAUGGAGGAAGGGGUCAGAGACACUCAGAGAUGGGAACAGACACAGCCUGAGGCAGGAGGGGACCGUGUGUGAGCUGCACAUCCGUGACCUGGCCUUGGAGGAUGCUGGAGAGUACACGUGUGUGUGUGGGCAGGAGAGGACCUCGGCCACGCUCAGCAUCAGGGCACUGCCUGCCAAGUUCACAAAGGGUCUGAGGAAUGAAAAGGCCACAGAAGGGGCGACGGCCACGCUGCGUUGUGAGCUGAGCAAGGUGGCCCCAGUGGAAUGGAGGAAGGGGUCAGAGACACUCAGAGAUGGGAACAGACACAGCCUGAGGCAGGAGGGGACCGUGUGUGAGCUGCACAUCCGUGACCUGGCCUUGGAGGACGCUGGAGAGUACAUGUGUGUGUGUGGGCAGGAGAGGACCUCGGCCACGCUCAGCAUCAGGGCACUGCCUGCCAAGUUCACAAAGGGUCUGAGGAAUGAAAAGGCCACAGAAGGGGCCACGGCCACACUGCGUUGUGAGCUGAGCAAGGUGGCCCCUGUGGCAUGGAGGAAGGGGUCAGAGACACUCAGAGAUGGGAACAGACACAGCCUGAGGCAGGAGGGGACCGUGUGUGAGCUGCACAUCCGUGACCUGGCCUUGGAGGAUGCUGGAGAGUACAUGUGUGUGUGUGGGCAGGAGAGGACCUCGGCCACGCUCAGCAUCAGGGCCCUGCCCACCAAGUUCAUGAAGGGUCUGAAGAAUGAAGAGGCCACAGAAGGGGCCAUGGCCAUGCUGCGUUGUGAGCUGAGCAAGGUGGCCCCAGUGGAAUGGAGGAAGGGGUCAGAGACACUCAGAGAUGGGAACAGACACAGCCUGAGGCAGGAGGGGACCGUGUGUGAGCUGCACAUCCGUGACCUGGCCUUGGAGGAUGCUGGAGAGUACACGUGUGUGUGUGGGCAGGAGAGGACCUCGGCCACGCUCAGCAUCAGGGUUCCCCAGGCUGUCUUCCGGGAGCCCCUACAAGACCUGCAAGCUGAGGAAGGCUCUACAGCUGUGCUGCGGUGUGAGCUGGCCACCAGUGCCACUGUGGUCUGGAAUAAAGGUGGCUUGGAGGUGCUGGCAGAUACACGCCGGGAGCAACGGCUUCAGGGCUGCACGGCUGAGCUGGUACUGCGGGACCUGCGCCGAGAGGAUGCGGGCGAGUACACUUGCGUCUGUGGCUCCCAAGCCACCAGUGCCACACUGGCUGUCACAGCUGCACCUGUGCGGUUCUUGCGAGAGCUACAGGCCCAGGAGGUGGACGAGGGGGCCACGGCACACCUGUGCUGUGAACUGAGCCGGGCUGACGUGAGUGUAGAGUGGCGCAAGGGCACACUGCAGCUUUUCCCAUGUGCCAAGUACCAGCUGGCCCAGGAGGGCACAGCUGCAAAGCUGCUGGUGCGUGGAGUUGAGCAGGAAGAUGCAGGUGACUACACCUGUGACGCGGGGCCCACCAGCAGCACUGCUAGCCUCGUGGUCCGUGCCCCCAGGCCCAAGUUCAAGACACGGCUGCAGAGUGUGGAGGCAGAGGUAGGUGGUGAGGCCCGGUUGUGCUGCCAGCUGAGCGAACCUGAGGUUGGCCCUGUACAGUGGCUCAAGGAGGGCACGGAACUGCAUGCCAGCCCAAAAUUUGAGAUCUACCGCGAUGGGGCCACCUGCGAGCUAUUGAUCCAUGGGCUUGAGGCCAAGGACACCGGCGAGUACAGCUGCUUGGUGGGUGGCCAGAAGACUACUGCCUCCCUCAGGGUCACAGAACCUGAAGUGAGCAUCGUGCGUGGGCUGGCCGACGCUGAGGUCCAGGCUGACGAAGAUGUAGAGUUCAGUUGCGAGCUGUCCCGGUCAGGGGCCAGGGACGUGCAGUGGUGUCUCCAGGGCCUGCCACUACAGAGCAAUGAGGUGACUGAGGUGACUGUGCGAGGAGGCCGCACCCACGUGCUCCAGCUGAGGGGUGUGACCCCUGAAGAUGCCGGCACUGUCUCCUUCCACGUGGGGGUGCACAUGUCCUCCGCCCAGCUCACUGUGCGAGCCCCUGAGGUGACCAUCCUGGAGCCCCUGCAGGAUAUGCAGCUCUGUGAGGGCCAGGACGCCCACUUCCGAUGCCGGCUGUCCAGAGCCUCUGGCCACGAGGCCCACUGGUCCUUGGGAGGAGUGCCCCUACAGGCCAAUGAGAUGAAUGACAUCACUGUGGAACAGGGUGUGCUGCACCUGCUUACCUUGCAUAAGGUGACCGCUGAGGAUGCUGGGACUGUCAGUUUCCAGGUGGGCUCCUGCAGCUCCGAGGCCCAGUUGAAGGUCACAGCCAAGAACACGGUGGUGCGGGGCCUGGAGAACGUGGAGGCCCCUGAGGGCGGAGAGGCGCUGUUCGAGUGCCAGCUGUCCCAGCCUGAGGUGGCUGCGCAGACCUGGCUCCUGGAUGAUGAGCCGGUGCACACCUCGGACAGUGCCGAGGUGGUCUAUUUCGAAGGCGGCCUGCGCCACCUGCUGCUGCUCAAAAACCUGCACCCACGGGACAGCUGUCGUGUGACCUUCCUGGCCGGGGACCUCGUGUCCUCUGCUUUCCUCACUGUCCGAGGUUGGCGCCUGGAGUUCCUGGAGACCCCACAAGAUGUGGUGGUGACCACCGGUGCGCAGGCCCACUUUAACUGCAUGCUCAGUGAGCCUGUGCCUGUGGGUGAGGCCAGCUGGUACCUGGAAGGCACCACUUUGCAGCCAGACGACCCCGACUGGACAGUCACAGCUGACGGCAGCCACCACAGCCUGCUGCUGCACCACGCCCAGCCGCAUCAUGCUGGGGAAGUCACCUUCGCCGCCCGGGAUGCUGUGGCUUCUGCUCGGCUCUCUGUACUGAGCCUCCCUGACCCCCCAGAGGAUGCUGAAGUGGUGGGGCGCAGCGGCCGAUCUGUGACGCUCUCCUGGGUAGCCCCCACAAGUGAUGGCGGGGGUGGUCUCUGUGGCUAUCGUGUGGAAAUGAAGCAGGGAACCACUGGUCAGUGGCAUUUGUGCCAUGAGUUGGUGCCUGGACCUGAGUGUGUGGUGGAUGGCCUGUCCCCUGGGGAGACCUACCGCUUCCGUGUGGCAGCCGUGGGUCCUGCGGGUACCGGAGAACCAGUGCACCUGCCCCAGACUGUCCAGCUGGCUUGUGCCCUGCCCUGCGUGGGGUCUCCUACAGAGCCGGAGCCAGCUUGUCCUCUAGCUCCUGAGAGUCGGCAUGUGGCUGCCGGCGAGGACGUCUGUCUGGAGCUGGAGAUGGCGGUCGAGGCUGGUGAUGUGGUCUGGCAUAAGGGUUCGGAGCGCAUCCAGCCUGAUGGGCGCUUUGAGGUGGUCUCCCGAGGUCGGCAACAGAAGCUAGUCAUCAAGGGCUUCAGGGCUGAGGACCAGGGGCAGUACAGCUGCAGCCCUGCCAGCAGUCCGACUCCUACUGCCAGCACCUCUUUCCAGGUGGUGCUGGCUGCAAACUCUGGGGCCGAAGCCCUGGCACAGCCUAGCCUGCCUCCUGAGGCUGCCCAGGAAGGUGACCUGCACCUGCUGUGGGAGGCCUUGGCCCGGAAGCGCCGCAUGAGCCGUGAGCCCACUCUGGAUUCCAUCAGUGAGCUUCCUGAGGAGGACACCCACCUGCAGCUCCUGCGACAAGGGGCCGAGGAGGCAGCUCCUGACCUCUCGGAGGACUACUCCACGGCUGACGAGCUAGCUCGCACUGGCGAGGCUGACCUCUCCCAUACCAGCUCAGAUGAUGAAUCCCGUGCAGGCACCCCGUCCCUUGUCACCUACCUGAAGAGGGCUGGGAAGCCGGGAGUCUCACCGCUGGCCAGUGAGGUUGGGACCCCAGAAGUCCCCUCUGCGAAGCCACAGAAGCCGCAAGAGCCAUCACCCGCAGAGCAGCUGCUCCAGGGAGGCCAGAGUGGUCCCCGUCUGGAUGAGGCAGCUGUAAAGAUUCAGGCUGCCUUCAAGGGUUACAAAGUCCGGAAAGAGAUGAGGCAGCAGGAAGGGCCCACAUUCUCCCGCACUUUUGGGGAUACUCAGGCACAGGCAGGGGAUGUCUUGCACCUGGAGUGUGUGGUGGCCAGCAAGGCAGAGGUGCGGGCCUGCUGGCUAAAGGAUGGUGUGGAGUUGACUGAUGGGCGGCACCACCACAUUGACCAGCUGGCUGAUGGCACUUGCUCAUUGCUAGUCACUGGCCUGGGCCACACAGACGCUGGCUGUUACACCUGCCAGGUGAGCAGCAAGUUUGGGCAGGUGGCCCACAGUGCCUGUGUUGUGGUCAGCGGGACAGAAAGUGAGGCGGAGAGCUCCUCGGGGAGUGAGCUGGAUGAUGCCUUCCGCCGGGCUGCCCGGCGGCUGCAUCGGCUCUUCCGCACCAAGGGUCCGGCUGAAGUUUCGGAUGAGGAACUCUUCCUGAGUGCGGAUGAGGGCCCAGCUGAGCCAGAGGAGCCGGCCGACUGGCAGACAUAUCGAGAGGAUGAACACUGCGUAUGCAUCCGUUUUGAGGCCCCCGCUGAAGCCCAGCAGGCUGUCAGCCGCUUCCGGGAGAUGUUUGCAGCGAUGGGUAUUGGUGUGGAGAUCAGCCUGGUGGAGCAGGGCCCCCGGGGUGUGGAGAUGCGCAUUGGAAAGGUGGCCUCCACCCCCGGGGCACCCCUAGAGCCAGCACCUGGCCUUCUGCCUGCUGAUACUGCCCCUGUGUUUCUGACGGAGCUGCAGAACCAAGAGGUACAGGACGGUUAUCCUGUGAGCUUCGACUGUGUGGUGAGGGGCCAGCCGAUGCCCAGCGUACGCUGGUUCAAGGAUGGAAAGCUGCUGGAGGAGGAUGACCACUAUAUGAUCAACGAGGACCAGCAGGGCGGCCACCAGCUCAUCAUCACAGCUGUGGUGCCAGCAGACAUGGGUGUCUACCGCUGCCUGGCUGAGAACAGCGUGGGUGUUUCUUCCACCAAGGCUGAGCUCCGUGUGGACUUGACCAGCACAGACUACGACACUGCAGCCGAUGCUACAGAGACCUCGUCCUACUUCAGUGCCCAGGGCUACCUGUCCAGCCGGGAGCAGGAGGGGACAGAGUCGGAUGAGGGGCAGUUGCCCCAGGUGGUGGAGGAGCUGAGGGACCUGCAGGUAGCCCCAGGCACACGCAUGGCCAAGUUCCAGCUCAAGGUGAAAGGCUACCCAGCACCCAGGGUGUACUGGUUCAAGGAUGGGCAGCCCCUGUCCGCGUCUGCCCACAUCCGCAUGGCUGACAAGAAGACGGUGCACACACUAGAGGUGCUGUCUGUGGCACGGGAAGACGCUGGCCAGUACGCAGCCUACAUCAGCAACACCCUGGGUGCCGCCUACUCCUCUGCCCGGCUGCUGGUCCGAGGCCCUGAUGAGCCCGAGGAGAAGCAAGAAUCAGCUGAGCCUGAGCAGAUGGAGCCUCCCCGGAUCCUGGAGAGGUUCACACCCAAGACAGUGAAACGACACUCGAGUGUGACUUUCUCUGUGAAGGUAGCAGGACACCCGGCCCCUGCCGUACACUGGCUCCGGGAGGAGGCCGAGAGGGGCGUGCUGUGGAUUGGCCCUGACUCACCAGGCUACACUGUGGCCAGUUCUGCCCAGCGGCACAGCCUGGUCCUGCUGGAUGUGGGCCGGCAGCAUCAGGGCACCUAUACCUGCAUUGCCACCAACACUGCUGGCCAGGCCCUCUGCUCUGCUAGCCUGCAUGUCUCAGGCCUGGCCAAGGAAGAGGAGCAGGAGAAGGUGAAGGAGACCCUCAUCUCCACAUUCCUGCAGGGGACGACCCAAGCCAUCUCGGCACAGAUGCUAGAAGCUGGGCCUGUAGCUGACCUCGCUGGGCAAAAGAAAGGAGAGCCCCUGGUAGCCGAGGAGGUGGGCAGUUCCCUGUCCCUGGCCGAGGUGGGCACGGAGGAGUUCCUGAGGAAACUGACCUCCCAGAUAACUGAGAUGGUGUCUGCCAAGAUCUCGCAGGCCAAGCUGCAGGUGCCCGGGGGUGACAGUGAUGAGGAGUGCAAGACGCCAUCUGCAUCCCCCCGGCAUGGCCGGUCACGGCCGUCUUCCAGCGUCCAGGAAUCCUCCUCUGAGUCAGAGGACAGCGACUCUCGUGGUGAGAUUUUCGACAUCUUUGUGGUCACGGCUGACUACCUGCCCCUGGGAGCUGAACAGGAUGCCAUCGCGCUCCGGGAGGGUCAAUAUGUGGAGGUUCUGGACUCUGCCCACCCGUUGCGCUGGCUUGUGCGCACCAAGCCCACCAAAUCUAGCCCUUCCCGGCAGGGUUGGGUGUCGCCUGCCUACCUGGAUAAGAGACUCAAGCUGUCACCAGAGUGGGGGACCCCUGAGUCUCCUGAGUUCCCCGGUGAGGUCAUGUCAGAAGCUGAAUACAAGACAAAGCUGAGCUCUGUGAUCCAGGAGCUGCUGAGCUCAGAACAGGCCUUCCUGGAGGAACUGCAGUUCCUGCAGAGCCACCACAUGCGGCACCUAGAGCAGAGUCCCCACGUGCCCCCCACUGUGGCCAGCCAGAAGGCCAUCCUCUUCCGUAACAUGCGGGACAUCAGCCGAUUCCAUAGCAGCUUUCUGCAGGAGCUGCAGCGCUGCGACACAGACGACGACGUGGCCAUGUGCUUCAUCAGGAACCAGGAGGCAUUUGAGCAAUAUCUGGAGUUCCUGGUGGGCCGCGUGCAGGCUGAGUCGGUGAUGGUCAGCACAGCUGUCCAGGAGUUCUUCAAGAAAUACACAGAGGAAGUACUGAUCGCUGGGGACCCCUCGCAGCCGCCCCCACUGCCUUUGCAACACUAUCUGGAGCAGCCAGUAGCCCGGGUGCAGCGUUACCAAGCCCUGCUGAAGGAGUUGAUCCGGAACAAGGCCCGGAACAGGCAGAACUGCGCGCUGCUGGAGCAGGCGUACGCUGUGGUGUCAGCCUUGCCUCAGCGUGCAGAGAACAAGCUGCAUGUGUCCCUCAUUGAGAAUUACCCAGGCACACUGGAGGCACUGGGCGAGCCGAUCCGCCAGGGCCACUUCAUUGUGUGGGAAGGGGCACCAGGAGCCCGCAUGCCCUGGAAGGGCCACAACCGCCAUGUCUUCCUCUUCCGCAACUACCUGGUGAUCUGCAAGCCCCGGCGGGACCCCCGCGUGGAUGCUUCUAGCUACGUCUUCCGGACCAUGAUGAAGCUGAGCAACAUUGACCUGAAUGACCAGGUGGAGGGUGAUGACCGUGCUUUUGAGGUCUGGCAUGAGCGGGAGGACUCAGUGCGCAAGUACCUGCUACAGGCACGCACUGUCAUCAUCAAGAGCUCCUGGGUGAAGGAGAUCUGUGGCAUCCAGCAGCGCCUGGCCCUGCCUGUGUGGCGGGCCCCAGAUUUCGAAGAAGAGCUGGCUGACUGCACUGCUGAACUGGGGGAGACGGUCAAACUGGCUUGCCGGGUGACAGGCACGCCCAAGCCUGUGGUGAGCUGGUACAAAGAUGGGAGACCAGUGGAUGUGGACCCUCACCACAUCCUCAUCGAGGACCCUGACGGCUCCUGCACCCUCAUCCUGGACAACCUGGCUGGCGGGGACUCUGGCCAGUACAUGUGCUUUGCGGCCAGCGCUGCCGGCAAUGCUAGCACCCUGGGCAAGAUCCUGGUGCAAGUCCCUCCACGGUUUGUGAGCAAUGUCCGGGCCGUGCCCUUUGUGGAGGAAGAGGACGCCCAGUUCACAUGCACCAUCGAGGGUGCUCCCUACCCCCAGAUCAGGUGGUACAAGGAUGGAGUCCUGCUGACCACGGGCAGCAAGUACCAGAUGCUGAGUGACUCACGCAGUGGGGUGCUGGUGCUGACCAUCCGGGCUGCGAGCAAGGAGGACCUAGGGCGUUAUGAGUGUGAGCUGGUAAACCGGCUGGGUGUGGCACGCAGCAGUGGUGAUCUAUGCCUGCAGAGCCCAGCGCUGCGAGCCUGGGACCAGCGCCGUUGGGAGCCAAUGAUGGCAGCUGUGGAAGUCACUGAGCAGGAGACUAAAGUCCCCAAGAAAACCGUCAUCAUAGAGGAGACCAUCACCACCGUGGUGAAGAGCCCGCGUGGCCGGCGACGGUCUCCCAGCAAGUCCCCCUCCCGCUCUCCUUCCCGCCGCUCUGCCAGCCCAUCUAGGCCAGGCCUGCUGGCCGCUGAAUCGCCACCCUUGCCGGGGCCCGGGGCAGGGCCGGGCUGGAAGCCCACAGUGCCAGCGCUGUUCGUGACAGAGGCCGAGGCCCAGCCUGCAACCCUGCCUGGGGGUGUCCGGCCCCAAUCCCAGUGGGUGGAGGUGGAGGAAACCAUCGAGGUGUGCGUGAAGAAGACAGGUCCCCAGGAAGGGGACCCCAACUCCAACAACUCCAACAACAAGCUGCUGGCCCCGGGCCCAGCCGUGGUGUACGGCUCCAGUCAGCCCCUCGUUCUGUGUGUGGAUGCUGAGGGCAGUGUGCAGGGGGCCACUCCAGGCACAGGUGUCCCUGCACCCGAGAUGGAUACUCCGCUAGAGGAAGAAAGUGACAGGGAAGGGGAAGGGGAGAACUGGGAUACCAGCAGGCCCUGGAGCUGGGACUCCAAGAUCCUUAAGCGUGACGGCUGCGUGCUGACCCUGGCAGACCUGGAGGACUAUGUGCCCCAGGCUGGGGAGACCUUUGGCCGCCAUGGCGCGGAGCCCUGUGCCUGUGACGACCCACCCUGCGAGGUGGCCGUGGUUCAGCAUGAGAUCACGGAGCCCACCGUGGGGCAGCCUGUGCUGCUGAACCUGGGCCACCCACUGGGUUCUGCCUUUAGGCCUGGGCCACGGGACCACUGGGCCCAGGGCAUCUCCCCUGUUGGGCCCCAGGCGCCACGUUGUUUCCAUAGUGGCCAAGCCAGCUUCAAGACGGAGGUCUCUACCCAGGUGGUCGGCUUCGGGGCCGUGGGUGAGACGGUCACUGUUCACAUAGCGCCCGGCAGGGAUAGCGACCCCUGCCCCUCACGCCCUGGCCUGUGAGGUCCCAGAAGCCCCUGUCUUACCUGGCAUGUGUGCUCAGACCUCGGGACUUACUUUUCCACACCUGGGGCUCCCUGCUCUCUGCCGGGCCCUCCUACCUCAUUGGACUUGCUCUUCCGCCAUAAGACUGGGCCAUGUCCACAAAGUAGAGAAGCCAGGGCUGCUUCCUCCUGGCCUGGGCCUGUUCCCUGUGGGUGCUGUCCAAGCUGCCAGGCCUGGCCAAGCCUUGGACUGAGAUCCUGAGGGGCGCUUCUCCAAGCCCUAGCUCCACAGGGUGGGUGUGGGUCUGGGUCUGGGUGUGGGAAGACCCUCGUGUUGGCCUCAAUAAUGAAAAUAAACCUGCGCCUGGC